GAGCCGGGGGCGCGCGAAGUGCCGCGGCCCAGCGGCCGGGAGUCUGGGAGGAGCCUCAUUUACAUAACGGCCGCCCCUCUGUCUCCUGGCGCGGGCGGAGUCCCGCCCCUCGUCCAACUUGAAAUCUGUUGGGCCACCGGCUAGUCACUCCGACCCAGCCAAGCCCGCGGUGGGGCUGGAAGAGUUUGUGAGGGCGGUCCCGGGAGCGGAUUGGGUCUGGGAGUUCGCGGAGGCGGCUAUAAGGACCGGGAACCGGGCACCGGGAGCGGGGAGUUGUUGGUAGUGCUCGGUGUGCGGCGACCGUUAGUUGACGCCGCGGGGUGCGUCUCCCUGGUUUUCCCGUCCUAACAUCGCUCGCCUUUCAGUCAGGAUGUCUGCCCGCGGCCCGGCUAUCGGCAUCGACCUGGGCACCACCUACUCGUGCGUGGGGGUCUUCCAACAUGGCAAGGUGGAGAUCAUCGCCAACGACCAGGGCAACCGCACCACCCCCAGCUACGUGGCCUUCACGGACACCGAGCGCCUCAUCGGCGACGCCGCCAAGAACCAGGUGGCCAUGAACCCCACCAACACCAUCUUCGACGCCAAGAGGUUGAUCGGACGGAAGUUCGAGGACGCCACCGUGCAGUCGGACAUGAAACACUGGCCGUUCCGGGUAGUGAGCGAGGGAGGCAAGCCCAAAGUGCAAGUGGAGUACAAGGGGGAGACCAAGACCUUCUUCCCGGAGGAGAUAUCCUCCAUGGUCCUCACGAAGAUGAAGGAGAUCGCGGAAGCCUACCUGGGGGGCAAGGUGCACAGCGCGGUCAUCACGGUCCCGGCCUAUUUCAACGACUCGCAGCGCCAGGCCACCAAGGACGCGGGCACCAUCACGGGGCUCAACGUGCUGCGAAUCAUCAAUGAGCCCACGGCGGCGGCCAUAGCCUACGGCCUCGACAAGAAGGGCUGCGCGGGCGGCGAGAAGAACGUGCUCAUCUUUGACCUGGGCGGCGGCACCUUCGACGUGUCUAUUCUGACCAUCGAGGAUGGCAUCUUCGAGGUGAAGUCCACGGCCGGCGACACCCACCUGGGCGGCGAGGACUUCGACAACCGCAUGGUGAGCCACCUGGCGGAGGAGUUCAAGCGCAAGCACAAGAAGGACAUUGGGCCCAACAAGCGCGCCGUGAGGCGGCUGCGCACCGCCUGCGAGCGCGCCAAACGCACCCUGAGCUCGUCCACGCAGGCGAGCAUCGAGAUCGACUCGCUCUACGAGGGCGUGGACUUCUACACGUCCAUCACCCGCGCCCGCUUCGAAGAGCUCAAUGCCGACCUCUUCCGCGGGACCCUGGAGCCGGUGGAGAAAGCGCUGCGCGACGCCAAGCUGGACAAGGGCCAGAUCCAGGAGAUUGUGCUGGUGGGCGGCUCCACUCGUAUCCCCAAGAUCCAGAAGCUGCUGCAGGAUUUCUUCAACGGCAAGGAGCUGAACAAGAGCAUCAACCCCGACGAGGCGGUGGCCUAUGGCGCUGCGGUGCAGGCGGCCAUCCUCAUCGGUGACAAAUCGGAGAACGUGCAGGACCUGCUGCUACUCGACGUGACCCCGCUGUCACUGGGUAUCGAGACAGCUGGCGGUGUCAUGACCCCACUCAUCAAGAGGAACACCACAAUCCCUACCAAGCAGACGCAGACCUUCACCACCUACUCAGACAACCAGAGCAGCGUGCUGGUGCAGGUAUAUGAGGGCGAACGGGCCAUGACCAAGGACAAUAACCUGCUGGGCAAGUUCGACCUGACCGGGAUUCCCCCUGCUCCCCGCGGGGUCCCCCAGAUCGAGGUUACCUUCGACAUCGACGCCAACGGCAUUCUUAACGUUACCGCCGCCGACAAGAGCACCGGUAAGGAAAACAAAAUCACCAUUACCAACGACAAAGGUCGUCUGAGCAAGGACGACAUUGACCGGAUGGUGCAGGAGGCGGAGCGGUACAAGUCGGAGGAUGAGGCGAAUCGCGACCGAGUCGCCGCCAAAAACGCCGUGGAGUCCUAUACCUACAACAUCAAGCAGACGGUGGAAGACGAGAAACUGAGGGGCAAGAUUAGCGAGCAGGACAAAAACAAGAUCCUCGACAAGUGUCAGGAGGUGAUCAACUGGCUCGACCGAAACCAGAUGGCAGAAAAAGAUGAGUUUGAACACAAGCAGAAAGAGCUCGAAAGAAUUUGCAACCCCAUCAUCAGCAAACUUUACCAAGGCGGUCCUGGCGGCGGCGGCGGCGGCAGCAGCGGAGGUUCAGGAGCCUCCGGGGGACCGACCAUCGAAGAAGUGGACUAAGCUUGCACUCAAGUCAGCGUAAACCUCUUUGCCUUUCUCUUUGUUUUCUUUUUUCUUUUUUUGUUUCUUUGAAAUGUCCUUGUGCCAAGUAUGAGAUCUAUUACUGGAAGUCUUUAGAUUGGUGUAUGCAAAUGGAGGUGCAACAACUUAGGUUAAUUAUAAAAGGUUAGUUACAAAGUUUGGUUUUUAAAAACAUUAUUUGAGGUUUCUCUUUAAUGCAUUUUGUGUGUUUGCUGACUUGAGCAUUUUUGAUUAGUUGGUGCAUGGAGAUUUGAUUGAGAUGAGAAACCUGAAGUUUGCACACCUGUUCUAUAGAAGCUUAGAAACAAUAAAAUAUAGAGGAGCUUGAAUUGUUUAUUUUUAUGUGCUAUUUUAAACUGAACAUUGCAGUAAUGUUAAGGACAGGUAUCCUUUUGGAAACAAAUGCAUAAAUGCAAAUUUAAAGUAAAGCUGAAAUUGAUCUCAAAA